CUAUAAUUUUAGUAUAAGACUGGUGGCAGAGAACAAAAGAAUAUAUAUAUAAAUAUAUAUAGCAGUAAAAAAGUAAGCAUUCAAUAAAAUAAUUUUAAACAUCAAAAAUAAGAAAAUAAGAAAAUAAAAAACCAAAAAAAAAUGGCUUCCAAAAUAAAUUUCACAUUGUGUUUGCUGGGAUUAUAUUUGCUGAUCAUAGAAAUAAGUUGUCAGACUCAGAACCUAGCUCCUGGUGAUACCAUUGUAUUUGACAUAACCACCAAAGGUGCAAAACCUGAUGCCGAUGUCACACAGGCUUUCUUGGACUCAUGGACUGCAGCAUGUGCAUCAGUAAAACCUAGCAAGGUGUUAGUUCCUGCAGGAAAUUAUAUUCUAGGAGCCAUUAAGCUCAAAGGUCCAUGCCAGACACCAACUGUAAUUGAAAUCUUAGGGAACUUCAAGGCUCCUCCAGAUGUGGCAGCUUUUAACAAGGAAGAUACAUGGUUUAAGGUUGAAUAUGUCGACAGUUUGAUACUCAUUACUGGUAAAGGAGGAGGUGUGUUUGAUGGCCAAGGACAAGCAGCUUGGAAACUAAACGAAUGUGCUAAAAAUGCUAACUGCGGCUUCGACCUUCCUUAUAACUUUAGGUUCAAUUUCGUGACGAACUCAAAAGUAAGUGGCUUAACUUCGAUAAACAGCAAGUUGUAUCACUUUGCCCUCUUAGGGUGUAAGCAACUAGAAAUGUCAGACAUAACUAUAACCGCCCCAGCUGACAGCCCUAACACGGACGGCAUUCACAUUGGACGUUCAGAUGGUGUUAUUGUAAGAGGGUUUACAAUAGGCACCGGAGAUGAUUGUGUGUCUUUUGGUGAUGGGGCUAAGAAUGUCCUUGUAGAAGGAGUUACAUGUGGACCCGGCCAUGGUCUCAGUGUUGGGAGCUUGGGUAAAUACCCCAAUGAAGAACCAGUUUCAAAUAUUACUAUCAGGAAUUGUACCAUCAAGAACACUGACAAUGGUGUCCGAGUUAAAACAUGGCACAACUCUUAUGAAUCCACUGUCACUGGCUUGUAUUUUGAAGAUAUCACUGUUGAAAAUGUAAGAAAUCCUGUCAUUGUUGAUCAAGAAUAUUGCCCAUGGAAUCAUUGCAAAGCAAAGACACCGUCGAAAGUUAAGAUUUCCGACAUUCGAUUCAAGAAUGUGAAGGGAAAAUCAAGUGGCAAGGAAGCAGUGAAACUGAUUUGCAGCGAAGGCGUGCCAUGCGAUAAGGUAGAGCUAGCUGACAUAGACUUACAAUACACUGGAACUGAUGGUCCUGCAGUAUCAAUGUGUAAAUUUGUGAAGCCCCUUCUUACUGGAAAGCAGAGUCCACCUGCUUGUGAUGCACCUGCUACCCCUGUUGUUGAAAGUUGAGGGUAGGGCCUAGGAUUUUGCAAGUAUUAGUACUUUUUUGUCUUAGUUUUUCUUUGAAGUAUAGUAUAGUGAGAGAAAAAAUUUAUGUAAGUGUCAAUUUCCAUCAAGGCAAGAAUACCUUGAGAGAAAUUACCAACAUAUAUAGAUUCAUAUUUCGUCCCCUAAAGAAGGAACAAUUGUAUUCCCACCCUUGUAGUACUUUCUACAAUUUUCUAAUUUCCAAUCUUAUACAAUUAAUAACUUCUUUCUUUUUUUUCUUAAUUUUUCUUUGAAGUGUAAUAUAGGGAGACAAAAUAUGUAUGUAAGUGUUAAUUUACAUCAAGGCAAGAAUACCUUGAGGAAAUUUACCAAAAAAGAUAGAUUCAUAUUUUAUCUCGUGAAGAAGCUAAGGAACAAUUGUAGCCAUACGAUGAGCUAUUGUAUUCCGAUCCUUGUAGUACUUUCUACAAU